ACAUUUCUACUACUAAAAUAAGCAACAAUGAAUCUAGAACAAUUUGACAAAUGAGUCUAUUGAAUUUACUUUCACGAAGCCGGUUAAUUAUAAGGAAAAACUGUCUUUAUAAUCUGCCAGCCACGCACAAAGUCGGAAUGGCAAGUGAAGUUGAUAAGGCCCAAUCGGCCGCACCGGCCGAAGAUACAAUUUUCGGUAAAAUUUUACGCAAGGAAAUCCCAUGUAAUUUCAUCUACGAAGAUGAUAAAUGUGUCGCAUUCCACGACAUCAGUGCUCAGGCACCAACACAUUUUUUGGUUAUACCACGUAAACCCAUUCUGAUGCUGUCUCAGGCUGAGGAAGCCGAUGCCAGUUUGUUGGGUCACCUUAUGUUGGUGGGCAGCAAGGUAGCCAAACAAUUGGGUUUGGAUGAUGGUUAUCGUGUUGUCAUCAACAAUGGCAAACAUGGUGCCCAGUCAGUGUAUCAUUUACAUUUGCAUUUCUUGGGCGGUCGUCAAAUGAAAUGGCCACCAGGCUAAGAGGAGUAUGGUUUGAUGGUGAAUGAUUUAAUAUGUAUAACAUUUUUUAUUAAAUAAAAAAUUGUACUAAAACGCUCCAAAGGAGUUAAAAAGCUUUAAA